GAACACAGCGGAGAGCGCGUUCUGUAUGACCCCCCUGUAUUGUUGUCCCGGGGCGAUACCACUCCGAGCGCGUGCACCCGAGCGCGUGAAGGCAGAAUCGUGAAGAGACAGAAUCAGCCGGACUCCUGUGUGCUGCUUUGCACCCACUUGGAAUCGUAAAAGGAUAUACGCUCAUAUGGUGUUUCGCUACGAAGAACUUUCGCCCUCGAAUAUGGACAUCGUCAUCAAACAAGAACCCCUGGACCCACCUCCCAGUCCCGCUGAAAGCAGCCGCGGUUCCGGUGGCUUCAUUAUCGGCAGCCCCAUCCCUGACGACAGCGGCAGUUCCGCGUUAGACGACUUCGCCAACUUUCCCAGUCCCAAGGUGGAAUGCAUCGAGUACCCUCCACUGGGACCUCUCAAUUCCCCGGACGAAGACUUCUACCCUCCUACCAAACGCGUCACGUGCAACGUCUGCCACAAGAAGCUCGCCAACCGUACCACGCUCCAGAAGCACCUCCGCAUCCACACGGGCGAGAAGCCGUACCAGUGCCACCACUGCCAGCGCAAGUUCCGCCAGAAGGAACACCGCGAUAAACAUACCAGGAUACACACCUCCGGCCGUGGAUACGAGUGUCUGAUCUGCACCAUGACCUUCGGCCGGAAGCACUUCCUGAUCAAGCACAUGCUCCAGGCUCACAACAGGGACGUCUCUCAGGAACCACAGCUCGGAUCGGCGCCGCCGCCCACGCCGAGGUUUGCCAAUGCGAGGGUUCCGAAACCAGAGCGUGUCUAUCCUUGCGAGAUGUGCGGCAAGGAGUUUAAGCAGCGCUACAACCUGUGGCGUCACGUGGACCGUCUGCACGGCAAGGGAUGCGGCUACAAGUGUGACACGUGUGGGAAGCUAUUCAAGAAGUCGUCCGCGUUGAAGGUUCACGACCUCAUCCACUCUGGGACGCGCCCGUUUGAGUGCAGCGUCUGCAGGAAGGCCUUCUCGCAGAAGCAUCAUUUGCUGCGUCAUCGUCUGGUGCAUCUACCGCGAUCCAGCAUCGUCUGCGCGCUUUGCAAGAAGGUGUUUCAUCAUUCCAGCCUGUUCUUCAGUCACAUGUUAGAGCAGCAUGAAAUGGCUCUGCCGAUGGCCUGGCAAAACGCGGGCUGUGUAGCAAAAAUGCCUUCGGACUUGGAAUGCAUGUUCUGCAACAUCGCACAGUGUUCUAAGGAACAUUUGUAUGUGCAUCUGCUGGAGCAUUGCCGGGAACUCUUAGGUAAGGAGCAGCACGCGCUGCCAUUGGAAAGAAAAGAUGAUGUCAACGACGUUCAGAGUUGAAGCGCGAUGUUUGUGAAGCGCAAAUGUUUAGUAAAGAGCAGUGCCUUUCAAGUUGA